AUGUUGCCCAGAGAUGAAGAUACUGAGGCCCUGAGAGUCUGGCCUGGCCUGAAAGGUCGGGCAGGUGGAAAUCAACGAGAACUUGCCCGCCAGAAAAACAUGAAGAAAUCCCAGGAAAUUAGUAAGGGAAAAAGAAAAGAGGAUAGCCUGACUACCUCUCAGAGGAAGCAGCGGGACUCUGAGAUCAUGCAAGAAAAGCAGAAAGCAGCCAAUGAUAAGUCUAUGCAAACAAGAGAGAAAUAAUGACUAUGUGGAAAACCUGGGUGCUACUGCAAACUAGUUGUAUCAUAAGCUCUAUGAUCAAGAUUUUGUAGAGUGAACAGUCAGUACUUGCUAUGCUAAGUCACUUCAGUCGUGUCUGACUCUGUACGACCCCAUAGACGGCAGCCCACCAGGCUCCCCCGUCCCUGGUACUCUCCAGGCAAGAUCACUGGAGUGGG